AUGUUUGGAUUAACUGAAAGGGGAAACAAAAUGUUAAUUCAUCAAGGCUAUAAAUAUAAUAAAGAAGUUUCUCGAAAAGGGACAACUUACUGGACUUGUAAAAAAUAUAGAACACCCGAAAAAUGUAUGGGAAGAGCAAAAACAAUUGGGGAUGAAAUAAUUGAGACACAAAAACAUUCUUGUGUUCCUUCACAAAUUGAUGUUGAAGCUACUCAAAUUCGUAAUAAAAUUCUUCAGAUAGCUGCUUGUUCUUCACAUUCCCCUAUGGUUAUAAUAAAUCAGUGUCUAGCAGGAGCUUCAGAAGAGGCUAAAGCAAUACUUCCAAAACUUGAAUCUUUGGCUACAAGUAUUAGAAGAAAACGAAAAUCACAAGGAAUUAGUAUGGAAAUUAAUGUUGAGGAAGAGGAUUUUAAUUUAGAAAAAAAUAAAGAAAAUAUUUUGCUUGAUACAGGGAUUGGGGACAUUAACAGAGUAAUUGUUUAUGGAACUAAUUUAAAUAUUGCCCGUCUUUCAAAUUGUGAUACUUGGCUAGCUGAAAGUAUUUUUCAAACAAAUUUUGACACUUUCCCCCAACUUUGGAUUAUUUUUGGAUUUUAUAGAGAGCAAUUAAUUCCUUUUAUUUUUUGUCUUCUUCCAAAUAAAAAUGAAGAAACUUAUCAGGCAGCUUUAUUAGCCAUUCUGAAUGCUGUUGGAGAAAUGCGCCCAAAAUUUUUUAUAAUAAAUUUUGAAAGGGAAAUUGAAAAUAUUAUUGGAAAACUUCUUCCACAAACACAAAUAAGAGGAUCUUUAUUUUAUUUUUUAAAAUUUAUGUGGAAAGCAAUUCAAAAUAAGGGGUUGGAAAUACGUUUUGAAAAUGAAGAGGAGUAUGCAGUGAUUUUGAAGAAAUUUUGUGUAUUGGCAUUUUGUGAUGUUGAAGUAAAUUUUAAAUAA